CCCAGCAGGAUGGGUGAUGCUAAACGCUCCCUCAUUAGACAACAGACACGAGAGGUCAGGAAGAAACCGCUUAUAAAUUACCGUUUCCUCCCUUGCAACCCUGCUAGUUGGGCUGCGGCAGAGAGCAGGACACACACCGGGGACUUACAGCGCUGAAGCCGGUUCCUUGACAAAGCGGCGGCGGCGAGCGGCGGCGGCGGCAGCAGCAGCCGCGGCAGCAUCCGCCUACCAUUUCCAGUUGUGGGGAGAGUUCCAAGUGCAGUUUCCCAAGGAAGGAAACAAUUGAUUCUGAAGAGACCCUUCUGAAUUGCCACACCCUAUGGAGGAACCAUCUCUGCCCAUCCCCAAUGAGGAGGGGUCAGAAGUCUCGACUGAGUGGGUGCCUUUCGAGCUCAGUUUUGCAGUCAAAGACGGGACUAACAUGACCUCACUCUAUCCAGAAAUCACACUCAUGGCAACCAAGGAGAAACUGCAGUGCUUGAAAGAUUUCCAUAAGGACAUAUUGAAGCCUUCUCCUGGCAAGAGUCCAGGGACUCGUCCUGAGGAUGAGGCAGAGGGCAAGCCACCCCAGAGGGAGAAGUGGGCGAGUAAAAUUGACUUUCUGCUCUCCGUGGCUGGUGGAUUUAUUGGCUUAGGCAAUGUCUGGCGUUUUCCGUAUCUCUGCUAUAAAAAUGGCGGAGGUGCAUUUCUUAUACCUUACUUCAUUUUCCUGUUUGGGGGAGGUCUCCCUGUGUUUUUCCUGGAGGUGGUGCUAGGCCAGUACACCUCUGAAGGAGGAAUUACUUGCUGGGAAAGGAUCUGUCCUAUAUUCACUGGAAUCGGUUAUGCUUCCAUUGUGAUCGUGUCCCUCCUGAAUGUGUACUACAUUGUCAUUCUGGCUUGGGGGCUGUAUUACCUGUUCCAGUCAUUUCAGAGUGAACUGCCCUGGGCCCACUGCCACCAGAGCUGGAACACACUCAACUGUGUGGAAGACACUUUCAGGAAGAACAAAACAGUCUGGGUGUCGCUGAACGCCAGUAACUUCUCGUCACCUGUCACCGAGUUUUGGGAGCGCAACGUCUUGAGCUUGUCCUCAGGAAUCGAAGAUCUUGGCAUUCUCAAAUGGGACCUGGCUCUCUGUCUUCUUCUUGUCUGGGUGAUUUGUUUCUUCUGCAUUUGGAAAGGAGUCAAGUCUACUGGGAAAGUUGUGUACUUCACAGCAACAUUCCCAUUCAUCAUGCUCCUUGUGCUCUUAAUCCGUGGAGUCACCCUGCCUGGAGCUGCAGAGGGCAUCAAGUUUUAUCUGUAUCCUGAUAUCUCACGGCUGAAAGAUCCUCAGGUCUGGAUAGACGCAGGGACACAAAUCUUCUUUUCAUAUGCAAUCUGCUUAGGAGCGAUGACUUCACUUGGGAGCUACAACAAAUACAAAUACAACUGCUAUAGGGACUGUUUGCUGCUGGGAUGCCUGAACAGUGGUACCAGUUUUGUGUCUGGCUUCGCAAUUUUUUCCGUCCUGGGCUUCAUGGCACAAGAGCAAGGGGUGGACAUUGCUGAUGUGGCAGAGUCAGGUCCUGGCUUGGCCUUCAUUGCCUACCCCAAAGCAGUGUCCAUGAUGCCACUGCCCACGUUUUGGGCCAUUCUUUUUUUUAUUAUGCUUCUGUUGCUUGGACUGGAUAGCCAGUUUGUUGAAGUUGAAGGACAGAUCACAUCCUUGGUUGAUCUGCACCCAUCCUUCCUAAGGAAGGGUUACCGCCGGGAAAUCUUCAUCGCUAUAGUGUGUUUCCUUAGCUAUCUUCUGGGGCUUACUAUGGUGACCGAAGGUGGCAUGUAUGUGUUUCAACUCUUUGACUACUAUGCAGCUAGUGGUGUAUGCCUUUUGUGGGUUGCAUUCUUUGAAUGUAUUGCUGUUGCCUGGGUUUAUGGCGCUGAUAAUUUUUAUGAUGCUAUUGAGGAUAUGAUUGGAUACAGACCUGGUCCCUGGAUGAAAUGGAGCUGGACCGUAAUCACACCAGUUCUUUGCGUAGGGUGCUUUAUCUUUUCUUUGGUCAAAUAUACGCCGCUGACCUACAACAAGGUCUAUACCUACCCUGAAUGGGCAAUUGGCCUGGGAUGGGUCCUUGCUCUCUCCUCCAUGAUCUGCAUCCCCAUGGUGAUGGUCGUCCGCGUUGUACGGUCAGACGGAUCCUUCAUUGAGAGGAUAAAAUCCGUGGCAGCCCCCAAGGAACUCAAUCGAUGGUCCAAGGAGAGUGAAGGAGCCACCCCAUUCUGCUCUAAUGGAACGCCUAAUGGCGGACUUAUAAAACCAACACAUAUCAUCGUGGAGACAAUGAUGUGAGCUCUCUCUGUGAGAGGAGAAAUCUGCUUUAACUGCCGUUUACUAACCAUAGAUUCUCAUAGGACCAGGUUUACAGAGCUUUAUAUUUUGCACUAGGGUUUUGUUUUUUGUUUUUUUUUUAAUUUCUCACAGAGAAAGUUAUUUUUCAUGUGUGUAUGUGUGUAUGUACGUGUGUAUGUGUUCUGUGUAUUUUUUUAUAUAUAUUUUGUAAGGUAACCACAGGCAGAAGUCUCUAGAGAGGCAGGGCUUUCAUAUUAAAUUACAUGUAUUACAGGACUUUAUUAUUUUUUAUACCUAGUUACUAUUAUACACCUUACCACUUGAAUUGAUUUUCUUGCCAGCAAUAUAUUCAGUUUCAAAAGCAAUUUUUAGGUGCUGGUGUGGUUGGGAACAGGGUCAACUGAGAACUCGAGGGCAAGUUCUGCCGGGAGUGUGAAAAUCGACACUGCUCUGAGAGGUUUCAUUUCAAAGGUGUAGUACCUUCCAUUCUUGAUUUGAGGGAAACAAAAUGACAGACUUGUGGGGGUAUAGUUGGCCCUGAACAUUGUCUAGGUCCAGGUCCAAAAGAGUUGAAGCAUCUGGGGGAGAAGUGGAGCAAGCAGUUUGGGGGAGAAUUUUCACUCCUUGGAUUUUAUGAGUUGGGAGAACACCAGAUGACACCUGGUUGCUGACAGUUUGACCUUAUGAACUGUUUCUCCUUCGGCUCUGUGGGCUUUGGAGGGAAAGGUAGAAAUAUCAUCUGUCUUGAUAGCAGCAGAAAUAGGAUGCUCUGACGACCGUUUCUUAGCCAUUACUUUAGGAUUAGAACUCCCUACCUGAGCUGUUGAAUGUACCCUUUGUUUGGGCUAAUUUUUCAUGAAUUAAUUAAGGAAUGAAGGAGAAAAGAUCAAUCGUAUCACAAACUAGGAAAGAAUAUGAGAAGCAGCUUGUCUCUUUGAAGUCAAGAAACUGAAUUGAACUUAGUAGAGAGAUUUUUUCAUUUCAGAAGAAAACAUUUCAGAUAUUUCUCCAGAGUUGCGAAGCCUUACCAGAAUAAAAGCAUGCCCUCCCUUGAGCUAAGAGGAGACCUGAAGAAAAUGAGUUGGGUGUGAUAGUUGACUAGGGACUGUUUCUCCUUCCUCCCAGAGCAGAAGAACUGGGGCCAGGAUGGCAGCCACCCUGUGCAUUCCAAGGCAGGAUAGGGAAUAAUCAGGAUGGAUAGGCUCAUUUAUUGAGGAACAGGGCUCCCAAAGGAUUUUUUGGUGGCUACUGUUGGACUGAGCUGUAAAUGAAAUGGGGCUUGACUCAGCUACAGGGUUCAGGAUUGUUUCCAUAUUAUUGGCUUUGACAAUGAAGCUUUAGCCAAACAAAGAAGAGUUUUGCAUUCUGAUCAGAAACCUAUCUGGUUCUUGACAUUCCUAAAACAAAACAAAACAAAACAAACAAAAACAGGUAUCUUCACUCAUCAUCACAGAGCAGAAUUGCCAACAAAUGUUUCUUGAGCAUGCACAAAGUAAAGAGCAGCACGGAACUAGGGACUAGCCUUCUGAAGCAGAAACAUGCCAGCCAGUAAGUCCUGCUGAAACAGGGGUGAGGAAGAGGGAAUCAGAGUUGCAAAUGGACCAAAGAAAAUGCAUCAAAAAUGGUUUUGACCCACCCUUUAUUUCCCAGCAGGGCUGUGUAGCUCUAGCAUCACAUUAAGCCCACAAAAUGGGGUUUUAUCAAUUCUCUCCCCCUUACCUCACCCUUGCCUCCAAUUUUUUUUAUUAAAAGAAGGGGAAAUGGCUCCUCUCACCAUUUGUGUUCAUAAAUAUCCCAUCUAUGAGCUGAGAGAAGGGCUGUUGAGCAACUGAAUGCCCUCAAGUGGUUGAAGUAGUCGAUUACAUCCCAGACCUAACGAUACAAACUGUGGCAAAGAAAAUGGGAAUUUCGCCUUCACAUAACAGACGUUUAAGCAACUCCUUUCUGGUUGCCACUCUCCUUGACCAUUCUGCUGGAUCUUCUGUAGAAACAAAAAAAUCUCUGCAGAACUUAGGCUUGAUUGUACGAUUGACAGUCCCCUUCUCAGUCACCUACUGGACUUUUUGACUGUCAUAGAUUUAAGCUAUAGUACUAAGACUCUAAUAUAAAAUGCUGGAUGUGCUGGGUGUGUUCAUGCUAAGCAUACACUACGUAGCAAGAGACACUGGAAAGAUAAAUAAAAGGUUAUGGAUUGAGAACUUGAAAGGCACCUGUAUGCCCAAGAUGAUACUUCGGCAAUGCUUGCUGGUGGUCAUGGAGUUCAGAUGGGAAACUCAAGGGGAUGGUACCACACCUUUAAAAUCACCAUUAAUGAGAACCCAGCCCCAUUCUAACUUGAACUGUGCCAUUCAAAUCAGUCGCUUCCAUGUUCAGAGUAAAAAAAAAUAUUUUUAAAGAGCGUCACACACAUAUGCAAUGACCUCACAGGAGGUUUUUCUGGCUAAAGGUACCCUAGUCCUGAGGUGGAAUUCAACCUGACUAGUAAGAGGGGCCAGAUUUUCAAAGCGCUGUUUCUGCAAAGCAAUCUCAAAAAUACUCUGCCCAUUCUCCCAGGGGUUCUAAAUGGUCCAUCAAGCCCCUGUUUAUGUGGUGGAGGUGAGGGAAGAUUUUUCCGAUGUUUUUGUCUUUCUAAAUUUUAACCGUUGGAAAGUCAUGAAUCCCAACAAUUUACUCUGCCAAAUGUAAUUCAGAUUCCAAACUGUAAACACUUCUACCAUGUUUAUAUUUUUCUAUGUAUUUAUGAGUGCAAAAGUGUCUAAUUUUUCUAAUUUACUUUGUAGAAAUGUGACCUGUUGGAUAUGUCUUAUGUAACUUAGUGAACUAAUCAUAAGUCAUGAUUAGGGAUGGCUGAAACCAUAAGAGGGAGGACCAAGCUCAAUGCUUGUCCCUGAUCUGCACCUAUGGGUAGGAUCAAUGGUAAUUUUACCCACCUUCAGUUUUCAAAAAUUCAUGAAAACCAAGAAAAUAGAAAUAGCAGAUGAGAGAUGACAGUGUUGGGCUCCCACUACCCAUUUGAACUCUCUGACAAGACCCCGAGAACAAUCUAUUUGUUCAAGACUCUCAGCCCCAUUCCCAGGCCAAAGAGAUCCUAUCUGUCACUCCCAAGGGUGGACUUAGUCCUGGUAAAUCCUCAAAACCCUUGUGUUUCACCCAUCACCCAUCAUGAUCACUUUUGUUAUAAUCGGAUGACUAUCCUGUAUUUAUAGAACACAGUUCCAUGAAUAUAAUGUGUAUGAUUAUUGACUUUUUAUAUUUAAAUCAAAAUUUUUAUUAGUAUUUGAUGAGUCUGGUCCCACUGUUUUUAAAGAGCUGAGAAUUUUCCUCUCUAAAGGUUGAGGAGCUAGACCUAGAUUUGAAAAGCAGUUCUAAUGGAGCAAGAGCUAACGGCAAGCUUUGUGGUUGCCCUAAAGGGCAACCUAUGGACAGCCCAACUGGAGCAGAAGACCAGACUUUGAAGGGGAGGUAGGAAAUGGGAGUCGGGAUUGGGAGGGUUGCAGGGAGGGGGGAGAAUCUAUGGGUCUAAACCAAACUGGUGCAUGUGAUAAAAUGGAACCUCCAGCCUUCUUAAUGUCUUAACAACCUGGGGAAAACAAACAAUUUCUGUCAGUGUGUGAUUGUGUAAUUUGUGGUUGAUCAGAAACCUGGACUUGGUUCUCUUCGGAUGAAUAUGCUUUUUCUGUUUCGGUUGUAUUUUGCAAAUCCGAGCUUUAUUCUUCUUUGCCACCAAUGGUAGUUAGAAAAGUAUGUUGGUCAGAUCACCAUCAUAUUGAAAGAAACAUUUGGACAGUUUUUCUACCAUAAGAAUUUGAAAUUGAAUCAUUAGUCUCUCCCCCACUGUCUUAUUUGGUCUUAUUUGACUCCAGGUCUUUGACCUAGCUGUAAAUAGGGGGUAAUGGGCUGCAUGUUGAGUAGAGUUAACCUUUGUCAAGUAAAAUGAUUGCAUUUAGUUGAUCUUGGAAGAAAUGGAGAAAGACACGUUCCCAUGAAAUAUUGAGUACCCCCACUUUGCCCAGAUAGUAAUUGACAACAAACCCUUGAUUGAAGUGAAAACCUGCCAUAAAUAUGUCUGCAAGUGAGCAGAAAAGGACAUGUUUAGUAGUCAGACAGCACAGUGUUUAAAAUGAUCAGUUGGAGAAAGAUCGGAGAAGUUUAAGAGAGCCCUAGCGUUAAGAAGACAUUAAGCAGACCUGCUCAUCCAUGAAGGUCCCAGAUGUUUGGGCCCUAUUCUCAGUUAGCCAUUGGGAAGACAGGAGCUGACCAUUGGAAGGUAGAGCCCUGAAUUCUGCAAGGCAGGGUAGUAUAACUGCCAGAGAAGAAGAGCUCGGGCGAUAUGCUUCCCUCAACUCUUUCACACAAAUCUAUCUUAAUACGAGCUGCUUAUUGUGCUGGAGACGCCUCUUCAUUGUGCAGAUUCACCUAGAGAACCAGUUUAAUUUCAAUAGAAAGCUUUAGCAACCAUGCCAUAUUUCGCAAGACCCAAUCCUGCCUCUCCAAUCUCCUGCCCCUUCCCUCUAGCACAUUUUUUUUUUGGCCCAUUCCAGGGACUUCCUAGUCUCUGCUGUCUCUUCCACCUCAAAGGGGUCCCAACAUCAGCUUCCUUCCCUUACAGAGAUGGCUGUUCGCCACACCUCUCCCCGGCCUUCUAGGGGCCCAAAAUCCUAACAGAAAAGUGUUCUUAUUAGCUUUUACUGUCCUGGUCACAAGACUCUAGUUUUCACUUCUGAGCUACUUGGGGCAGUACCUAAAGUGGCUUGGGAGGAGGUGGAACUCCCCUGCUUCUGACAUUCCACCUCCCACUUCCAAAAGCAUUCAUCAUUCAAACAUCCCCAAAGCACCUAUGGGAGAUAAUUUGCUCUUGGAAGAAUCAGAAAAGACAAACAUGAGCUGAAAAGGCAGAGCUUGUUAGGAUAAACCCAAACUUCUUUGGGUUUGGUUUAAACUCUAGAGUUGAGGAAGUGAAGCACACUCCAUGGGCAGGAUUGGGGGAACACACAUCUUGAUCCCGCAAAACUUUUCAUUCCUCAAGGAUCAGGUGUGGGAUGGGAUCCCCAGACUGGGGCGAGGGAAACCAGAAAUAGAAGCUUAACUGACGUGAGAGCUGUAUUUUUAAGCAUGUAACCUGGUGUUUAGAAUCUGCAAUUUCUGUUUCUGUAAUGGUGAUGUAAAUAAUUUCAUGCCUGAAAAAGAAUAGCCACAGCUUGGGAAGAGUGUUGGGGCCAAACAGAGGUAUCAAAGCAAAGACUGACGGGGAAAGAGAGAAACACAGAUCCAAGAUGCUCUAAAAUGCUGGGGAAGUUCUCUCUUAGCACAGGAGGCCUCAGUACUGCUCCUAAAGCUCAAACUUGCAAUAGAAAGCUAAUUUUCAUUGUUAUAUUGUGAAUGUUGCCACAGGUGGUUCCAGAGCUUCACAGUGUCUGCCGUGACAUCUUGUUUAGCUAUUUGGCUUAAAAAAAUUGUGGGCUUUUAUUUUUAAAAUUUAAUUCAUUGCAACUGUGACUAUGUAAUUAGCACAUAGAAAAGUGGGGAUGUUCAUAUUUCCUCCUUUCAGAAAUUGUCUAGGUAAUUGGAACUUUUUUAAAACUUUAGAAAUAUUUUUAAGACAUUUUACAUGUGUGUGCUUUUUUUUAAAUGGAAGGUUGUUCAGAGAAGGAGCAUUUGUAUUUGAACAAGAUUCAGAUUCUUGGAGUGUAAUUCAGAUUUACAGUAAACAAGCUUUGUGUAUAAAUGUUUUAUGAUAUGAUCUUAUGUUUGUACUUUGCAGUUUCUUUUCUGUUUCGCUUUUUAGAUAAAUAAUAUGUAUAUCGAUAUUUUUAAGUCAUCUUUGCUUUUUUUAGAGGAGUUUGUAAUCACCUUAUAACAGAUGAAAAUAAAACUUUCCUUUAUAAAUUCAA